AAGUAUUCUCAUUUCUCUAUCGGCCUCACCCUCACUGUUGGCCGUUGUUCUCUCUGUACAUUAAUGGCGUCUAAACUCUCACUAACUCACAUAUCUGUCCUUCAAAAUUCCAUCAAAACAUUUCCAAAACACGCUCAAGCAAUCCGUUUAUUACCUCUUCUGCCACUGAAUUCUCCUUCUUCCCAAUAUUUCUUCAAAACAAAAGCACAAUCCACGCAAUCUUUCUCAGUUUCAAAUGCGGUUAUAGAUCAAUUUGUUGAAUCUUCAACUUCAGAAUCAACUCAAGAUUCCCAAACUAUCCCUUCCGUACCCUCCUCAUCCUCAUCUCCAUCUUCGUCUAAGGUCGUUCUCGUUGUUGGUGGCACUGGUGGUGUUGGGCAAUUGGUUGUUGCAUCAUUGCUUGAUCGCAACAUCAAAUCCCACCUUUUGAUCCGAAAACCCGAGAAAGCCACUGCUCUUUUUGGGGAACACAGUGAGGAUAAAUUAAAGGUGUUUAAAGGUGAUACCAGGAACCGAGAGGAUUUAGAUCCUUCUGUAUUUGAGGGUGUCACACACGUUAUUUGCUGCACGGGAACAACGGCCUUUCCAUCUAAGAGAUGGGAUGGAGAUAAUACCCCAGAAAGAACAGAUUGGGAAGGCGUGAGAAACCUUGUUCAGGCAUUGCCUCCAUCAGUGAAAAGAUUUGUUCUUGUUUCAUCAGUCGGUGUCACCAAGUUCAAUGAACUUCCCUGGAGUAUCAUGAACCUUUUUGGUGUUCUAAAGUACAAGAAAAUGGGGGAGGAUUUUGUUCGCGAUUCUGGUCUUCCAUUCACCAUAAUCAGAGCGGGUAGGUUAACAGAUGGACCCUACACGUCGUAUGAUCUUAAUACUCUACUUAAGGCUACAGCUGGGGAACGCCGUGCAGUGGUUAUAGAUCAAGGAGAUAAACUCGUUGGAGAGGUUAGUAGGCUUGUCGUUGCAGAAGCUUGCAUACAGGCAUUGGACAUAGAUUUCACCGAAGGCCAAAUUUACGAAAUAAACUCAGUCCAGGGAGAAGGUCCCGGAAACGAUACACAAAAGUGGAAGGACUUGUUUAGAGCUGCUCAAAAGUCCUAAUUCUAUUGUGAUUGAUAGCACAAAUAUGGAUUAUAGUGAAGUUGUAAAUAGUUGGCUACAUGAAGUUGUAAAAUUGGUCUUUCAUAAUAUAUUUUUGUAAACGAAGAUCACAUACAAAGUUAUCACUUAUCAGCAGAAUCAGAACUGUUGAUUCCUUAACUAGAUUCUUCGAUAUUGUGCAUUUUGAAAUUCAUAAGAAUUAAUACGUAGUUGGUUUUGUGA